CUCAUUCUUCUCGCUACGUCAGUCCGCAAACCUGAAUGCUAGUGCGGUCCAUCUUGACAACCUCGACAAGAAGCGGAACUGCAAUCGUCCCUCCCUUUUCCUUCAAGCACUGCCCUACCCGCAUUCACACCUGCACAAUGUCCAACUCGGCCGCGGCCAUGGGCACGCCCAACCCGACAGCAAUCAAGCUCGGAUUGGAACGGAUCCUCCCACUGCUCCACAACCUUGGAUCCCCGCACGCCCACCUUCCCGUAAUCCACAUCGCUGGCACCAAUUCCAAAGGCAGCACAUCCUCGCUCCUCGAUUCUCUCCUCACCACAAUCGGCAUAACGACCGCACGUUUCAACUCCCCGCACCUCCGUACAUCCCGCGACUCGUGCCGCAUAGGCGGAGAGGUCGUAUCGUCACAUGUGUGGGCGGCCGCUUCCCAUCGAGUGGCCGAGGUUGAUUCAAGUACAGGAGUGGGCGCAACUCCCUUCGAAUUAUUGUUCGCACAAUUCCUCACCUCGUGCCAGCUCAACACCCCUCGACCUCAACUCCUUAUAGUGGAGUGUGGCCUCGGUGGACUCACGGACGCGACCAACGUUUUUCCCGCGCAGAAUGUGUUGGCGAGCGUGAUGACCCCGAUUGGUGGAGAUCAUAAGGCGUUGCUUGGCCCGGGGAUCGGGGAUGUCGCGCAGCAUAAGAUGGGGAUUGCUAAGCAAGGCGGAUUGGUGAUUGUGGCUGAUCAGCGGCCGAGCGGGAGGGAGGGGAGGGAGGGAAGGGGAGAGGCGGAGCAGGGCCAGGGUCAACAGGGCAAGCAGCGCGCCUACCUUUCGCGGUGGGGUGCUGAGGAGGAGGGUGAGCAGAUGCUAGGGCAGGAAGGAGCGCAAGUGAUGGCCACGAUUCGGAGAGUGGGGGAAACGCUCAAGGCGAGGCUAGUCAGAUGCGAGGAGCUCCCCAUCCCCACCACCACCACCGCCGCCGCCGCCGCCUUCGUGGCACAGGAGGGCGAGGACGUUCAGCAGCGACAUCCUCGCAACCCAUGGGAAAAGCGUAUCCCCUCGCACUGUCUCCUCUCCCCCAUCCUCCAACUCCCGCACAACGAAGAGGAACACCCACGCAGCGAAGGUCAACUCGCCUCGACCCUCUUUACCAACACGCCCUACUCCUCCCUCCCAGGUCAACGUCCCCUCCUCACACCUCUCCUCCCCCCUCUCCCGCAAACUCGCGCAGUACGUUGCGCCCUGAGCACUGCGCUCAACACCCUCUUCGCAAUCGGCGCCGAUGAGCCGUGGAGCUCCCCUUCCCGGCAGGAGGAUAACUCUGACCCACACGAGGAGCUUCGACUUCAGCUAGCGUGGGGGAUCAGGGAAUCCGGCUUGCUCAGUGGGGAGAGGGGAGCACUGAGUGCUGGAUGGGCUGAGGGUUUAGUGAGGGGGGUGGAAGGGUGGGAGGGGAGGGGAAGUUGGGUAGACGUGCCCCUUGCUGAGGGAGGAGGAGGGUUGCACGCAUACGUCGAUGGAGCACAUAAUCUCCCCGCUCUUCAGGCGCUCUUCGAACACUUGAGCGGGUUGAUCGCGAGCAGGGCUAGAGCGCAGAGAAAGGUCAACGUUACCCUCCUGUUGAGUUUCUCCUCGUCAAAGGCCACGGAUGGGGAUUUGGAGUCGAUCCUCUCUCUCCUCUCCCAAGCCCCCGACCUCCUAUCCCGCAGCCCGCGCCAGGCUGCGGAGCCUGCCCACCUGUCGGAGACAUUCGAGCGAUCCGUCUCGCUUGGGGCAUCUGGAGCCACCCGAUCUCAAUCUCAAUCUCAAGGGCGAGGGCAAGCAGAUAUGGCGACGAUCCGUGUGGGCUUCCUGCCCUUCUCCACACCCGUCGAGGGGAUGCCUUGGGUCGAGCCGUACAGUGCCACGCAACUUGCCGGGGCGCUACGAGAGCGCCAAGGAGGGUCUGGGGAGGGGAUCAGCGAAGUGCAGGAGUUCGCAAGACUGGAGAAGGCGCUGGAGUGGGCAAGGAGAAGUGGGAAUGGAAGGCCCGCUCAAGUAGAGGGAGAGGAGGAGGAGAAGGAUUCGCUCAUCGUAGUAUCGGGAAGCCUCUACCUCGUUGGAGAGCUCUACCGUCUCGUCGACGCGAGGGAGGCCAACGACGCUGCUACUGAUGCUGCUGCUGAUGCUGCUGUCUCGUCGACUUCAGCGGUGGACACGGUCAUGUCCUGAUCGCCCCGCAACGCAAUCGCAAUGCUAUACCCUCAUGUCAUCUCAAACCAUACCAUUCAUCCCGUACCACCUCUGGCCCUCUUAUCUACCCAAGAAGUUCCUCGCCUUAAUGCCCUCCCUAUUCUUCCUCCUCAACUCCCUCUUCUUCCUCUCUUCAGCAACAGCAUCACCACCCUGCACGGCCCCUUCGGCCAUCUGCGCUGCCACCUCCUCUGCGCUCACAUUACCCAUCGCUACCCCCUUCUUCUUGGCCGCCUGAGCAGCAGCGAAAGCCUGACGACGCUCACGCAUCU